AUGAGCGGCAUGGGCGGCAAGAGCAGCACGGGCAAAAGCACGUGGAAGUGGGUACCCUUCCCGUGUGCCCCGCCAGAGACUCCAGUGGGUGAGUGGAUCUCGUCCCUCACCCGGCGCGGUAUCCGGGAGAUCUCGAUCGCGGGGGACUCGCACCACCGCAUGCUUGCGACGCACCUCUUCUACUUGCUGACGGGCGAGGCGGAGCUGCGGCACUGGAUCGGCAAGCACGACCUGGCGUUUGUGGCGCGCAACGAGAGGAACGAGACGCUAAGGAUCAACUACUACUGGGUGGAUGGCAUCUACCGCAACGACGAGUUCGGAUGCACUCCAGCAGUUUCAGCUUGGACGUUACUCCCCUGUGCUCCCCUUCAACCCCCUUCCCCUUGCCCCUCUGGUCCCACCAGUCCCCCGGAGGAGCCGUCCCACAACACUGCUACUUCUCAGCACUGCUGUACCGAGGGGCUUUCUCAAAUCACUACGACGUACCGAGGGGCUUUCUCACAUCACUACGACGUCUUCCCCAACAUCUCCCGCUCCAGUGACGUCAUCAUCAUCAACAGCGGCUACUGGGCCGGCAGGCGUUCACCCAAUGGCGGGGGCAGCAGCAGCAUUGCGAGCCGCUUCUACGAAGGCCCCGCCACCAACCUCUUUCUCUCCGCUGCUAACCGCCUGACCAAACACCUGGCUGACCAGAUCAACGCAGGCAGCAACGCUGUGCCUGCUGCUGGUCCUGGUAAGGAUGACGGUUUUGUCCCCCGUAUAGAGUUUUUCGACAGCUGGCAAGUGGAGGCGCCGCGGUUUAUGGAUGUGUGCCCGCAUGAUCAUCAUUACCACUGCUACGGGUCGGUCAGGCGGGGGAAGGUGGUGAUGAGAGGUGGCGUUGGGGAGGCUGUUGUGAGGUCCUUGAUUCAUUACAUAGAGCAUGGGGGAAAUGAACGGCACUAA